GUCGUACACAUCAGGAUUUUGUCAGAAGGUAUCAACGAAUUAUCCCUGGACACCAACUACCGCGUCAGAUUUAUUCACAUGUUUAAAAUGAAAAGUUCGUUACUUACAUUUCGAAGCGUUUGGAUACUCAGUAAUCUGUGUAGUUGCCCCCUGCUUCUUCCUGGUAAACAGUAUCUUUUAAUGGGAAAGAUGACCAGGAUGGUGGGCUCCACAAAGGUCAUAGCUGAAGUCAGUCGAGAAAGCUACGUUGAAGAAUGGAAUGGAUCGCUGUUACUAACGAUGCAGGAUUUACGAAAACGGUGCCAACUGAUGAAGACGACGCAGACGACAACGCUUGUACGAACGGAGCCCCAAAAUAUUGCUGGUAUAGCUUUAAAUUAAACUUUACUUCAUCAUCUCAAAAGGUAGGGCAAUCUUAGGGUUAAUGGAGAUGGACUUAACGGAUUUUUUCUUAGAGAUAUACAAGCCCGAAACUUGAAAUUUCUGUGGUAUCGAGAUUUUCAAAAUGUGGUCCAAAUUAUCAUAAAACGUGUUCUUUUAAAUUGAUAUUGACCGUUUACUAGACCAUUAUAUCCCCACACCUCGAGCUGCCACAAUGUAGUAAACAGGUCGUAAACCUACUUUUCUUUUUUUUUAACAUACCGCUUCCAAUGCAAUUCCCUGAAAUCCGGGGAGAUACCUUUUCUUCUGUCCAAUAACUUUUGAUUUAUGAUGUGUUGCGAAGAAUGAGCUUCUGUAACAGUUUAAGUUUAGUCAAAGAUAACCAGUAAAAUGCCGCAUCAACUGUAUGUACGAAUAAGUAUGACAUAACAUUUAAUUUAAGACAAUUCUCAUUCGGAACGUGAUACAGGUCCACCAGAAAAAAAGUUUCUAAUUACAACUCAAGGGAUCACUGAAAUCGGGCGCGAAUCACCUACAACGCUAUCAACACCCAACAGACCAGGUGAGGAGUAGUUGAAGUUUGAAUUUGUCAGAUAAUAACUUAGAAAGAUAGUCUGCGUUGUUUAAAACCACCGUACAAUUGUUAAUUUUCCUGACUUUACUUCUCUUGAUGAGGCGACGUUUUCCAGGUGCGAGUCUUUAAAGAACUAAAUAAUUCUGCAGUUAGCUAUUACUGACUUGUUUCUUUUAGCUUACUACUCAUUUUUUUCAUUAAAAAAGAACCGGUUUUCUUUCUUUUCGAUGCAUUUAUUGCUAACACUUAUAAUGUUGUUCUCUUUUGAUCAGAAAAAUGCCGUACAUGUAGAAUAUCUAAGAAACGGAACAAGAACUACUGUGAAAGUGACUUUGGUAAAUAUUUCCUUCAUCUUUUUACCAAGUUCCUUUGACUAGAGAUAAUGGUGUAAAUGCUUCCUUGCUGUUACUAAAAAAACUUACUCGCCUGAUGAGAAGAGAUAUAGUCCUAAAAGAGACUGUACUCAGGCGGUGGUUUUACAAUGCAGUGGACAGAAAGAAUGAACAGUGUCGACUUUUAUAUCGGGCUGUAUUGUCUACAGAGAGCAUUACUUGUACAAAUUUGAAAUUCUUUCGGGAGUAACCAGCGGGUUCUUUUUUUUUUUUUUUUAAAUGAUAUAUAUGUAUAUAUGAGCACUAGUCUUGUCUUCACAAUAUUCUGUUUACUGUUCUUACAUUUCAGUGUCUUCUUAAUUGACAAAUCCCUCUGAUUAUCGUAACGUUGCAGGGGCGGAUCCAGGAUUUUUUUUAGGAGGGGGUGCACUCGUCUCUUGCGCUACUUCAGCACCAAUAAACCACAUAGUUUUUUUUUUUGCAGAAUACCAGUUGUAUUAGAAAACCGCAGGUCAUCUCAGGGGGGGUGCGCACCCCCUGCACCCUCCCCCUAGAUCCGCCCCUGCGUUGCAUACCACAGUUUGUUUUCUUAGUAACCAGAAUUGGUGCAAGCUAAUGCUUACGUUAAUGUUAUUCUUCUGUGAUUGGCUACAACAGUCCUCUUUUCUUUUGACUUUGGAUGUUAAAUUUGCUUUAAAGCUUUUUUUAGUCACUUAAAAGAAAAAAAGGAAAAUAUAAAAAUCACAAGGUACAUGUAUUUGCUUAUAUCCAGACUUUUCACAUUAUGCCAUGAUAAAUGUGCUGUACGUAGCUUUGAGCGCUGAUCGGAUUAUUAUCGUUCAAGAAAAAUUCACCUUUAUAGCGUUAGGCAAUAAAGUUUUUUUUUAUUUUCACCAGUAAUUCGAGCACGGAUAUUGCAAUCCACGUUUGAUAACAGAACCCAAGAGAGGAGGUACCUAGUACGGGUUAUCACUGUCUUUAGGAGCCUUGUGGAUCUCAAGACAAGACAAGAAAUUUUUGUUCAAGAUGAUUAUUGUCAAUGCCCGAGAUUAUUUUUACGAAAGCAAUAUGUUAUCAUGGGGACGGCGGAGCAAAUCUCAGUCUCUGAACUUCGCUUGUUUAUUCCGCAAAGACCAUUUGUGAGGAUCUGGCAAACAAACAGGAAGGCUCGCUUAAAGUCUAUUGGUGACAUCUGCGAUGAUUGA